GCAAAUGCGGAAUUUCGCACGUCAUUUGCGCCCUUUCCGUCUGAGUCGUACGAGCGUGGCGGCCGGCGACACGCCCUCGGGUACGCUCGCUACAGAGAUAGCGCCGUCGAGGGUAGCGCCCUGCGCGUGCAAGCCUCCCCUAUCCUCAGUGAGCCUUUCACUGCAGAGUUUUGGAUCAGAUCUGGGGAUUUCUCCCGAGCUCCACCGCCUCGCGGCGCGCACAUCCGCGAGCCCCGGCAAUGGCUUCCAGGGCGGCGGAUGGAGUAGGCGAGCCGGUGGAGGCAAAGGGCAAGGAAAAGGAGGAGGAGGGGUGCUGGGGAGGGGCUCCUCGGCGGCUGUGAGAACUACGACAAGCGCCUGCAGUACCUGUGCAAGGAGGAGGCCAUCGUGCACGCGCGGAUGCGCUGCCGGACCCAGUUCUCCCGCCGCACCAUCAUCGUCCUCUCCAUCAUCGCUGAGGAUCACAAAUCAAGAAAUGAACGGCCAAUGCAGCGGCAGGACUUGCAAGUUGAUGAAUCUAUUUAUGGUGAAAUGGGCAAGCAGGAAUUGCUGGAAGCUCAAGAGAAAGAACAACUGGCCUAUCAGGAUAAACUUGUCAUGCGAACGAAAGAGAGGAAGAACGCAUUGGAAUCCUACGUGUAUGACACUCGUAAUAAGCUUUCUGAGAGGUAUCAGAUCUUUGCUACUGAUUCUGAAAGGGAAGAAAUUUCAGUUAAUCUACAACAGACAGAAGAGUGGCUUUAUGAAGAAGGUGAUGAUGAGACUGAAGCAGUCUACACUAGUAAACUCGAGGAGCUAAAAAAGGUACAAACGGUACCUUUUGAUAUUUUUUUAAUCCGCAUCCAUGGCCCCUUAUACACCUUAUACAUCAUAUAUGUUUGUUAA